AUGGGACUUAAGCCACUUUCAGAGAACACUGCUUCUGAACGGGCCAUACUUCGUGGCGUCAAGGGAAGGUCUUUGUCCUUUUUCGGCGUGUGUCAUACUCAAUAUUCCAAUCGCUACGUUUCCGGCCUCUUUCCGUUCUUUCACUGCCCGCCGUCCAACGACCCCCCUCUGCUGAGCAGAGCGUCAACUUCUACCAUGCCUAUCACACCAUCUCAUUGGAAUUUCAUUCGUUUAUCCUUGAUCCUUAUCAUCAGUAUCCUCCAUACAAUCGUCUUCAGCCUCUCCCUAUAUGCUGCACUUCAUGACGAACUCGGCUCAACUGGAAUUACCCAAAUAUGCACCAUAACUCUCAAUGUUGUGGCUCUCGGUGUCAGUUUCGGCCACUUCGUAGUGCGGCGUCUACGAAGGGACAGAGAUGUCAACGUGUACUUCGCAACGUUUGUCCUCUUAUUCAUUGUUACUAGCUGCCAAGCAGCUGCGUUUAACAUAAUGGAUGCCCUCAGACCAGAAGCAUUCGCCAAUGACUACGUAACACUGGGAGGAGCGGCUGCAAGCAAAGCGGUGUUAAUUAUCUCCUACUUUUCAUUGGGUCUGUGCGUCUUUGGACUUAUCGUCGCUUCGAAGAAGGGUACCUAUGCGCGGAAAGAACGCAAGCCAUUCAAGUUUCGAGAAGGUCCGGGUCUAUCUUACCCGAUAGGGGUUCCUCCGGCCGCGCAUCAAGUGGACGAUCUCGAGCGAGGAAGCGACGCCAGUCGGGAGUCGUAUAGGACUGCUCACUCCAAGUCCGAAUUCGUUGACAUCAGACUUUAA